AUGGUGAAAUUUUGGUGGAUGUUUAUAUUGUUUGCGAAAACGGCUUCGGCUAGUGAUAAUGAAUUACCCGGUCCAGAAUCUGAGAAAAACGCAAGAUUCCUUCCUUUAUUCGAGAUGAAACGGUAUGAUCGACCAAUGGGGUCUGGUCUGUCUCCUCUCACGUCGGCACCGGUGACCGGAGAACGAUGCUCAUCUCGCUUGGAGUCAGCGUUGGAACAAUUGAAACGAAGAAAACGAAAUCAACCAAAGAACUUGGAUAUGCCACACAGCCAAAGCAUUGACCUAAAUGGCUACAGCUUAUACCAAUCAAUGAGAAGUGCCCCUAUCGAUAUGUAUGUAACUAGAAUGCGCGUGCGAUUACCACAGAACAGCAACUGGGUUCGUGUUGAAAAAUGUUAUUUUGAUCCACGUAACAUUUCUCUUGACACCAUGCUUUUAUUCCACGAUCUAACUAUAAGCGGGAAUGUUGACUUAUACGAAGCACAUGACCUCGACAGAACGAUUCCAGCCAGUCGAAGACUUAGAAGAAACUAUGCAGAUUCACAAUAUGAAUAUUCAUACCCCAAAUCUCGCCUUAGUAAUGGCUGCAACAUGAUUCUUAGAUUGAGAAAAGCUGGAAUUGGUUUCCAUACACAACCCUUAAAUCAACAACCUGGAAAGUUUAACGUUAAAACGGAUUCUGAAUUCGUAGAACCGGGCUUCAUUAGUGUAUAUGCGUACGGUUGUGAGAAGUAUAUAAAUAGAAAUUCCGUUAAAAACAAAGAUAAUUUGCCAUUGAAACGAAAAAAACGGUCAGAUAUAUUUAGUUUUGAACCAAGUUUAGAAGAUUCGACAACUGAAGAAAAUAUAGACGGUAGAGAAAGUAGAUCUUUCAAUAACUGGGAUAUUCUCUACGAAUCAAGCAAUAACAGAAUGAAUUACGAAAGAAGUAAACUUUUCCGACCCGAAGAUGAUUUAGACGAUGUUGAGGAUAUUUCACGUGAAAUGGAGGACAUAUUUACUAAAGGCAUAAGAACCCUGCUAACAACUUACAUGAAGAAGGAAUUGCAGCCAGCAAUUAAGGAUACAUUAAUGAGAAACAUGGGAUAUGUCAUAUCUUAUGGU